AUGGGUGUCUUGGCCCAUCUUGCAGUGCAAAGGCAAACUUUGGGUCGAGAAAUUCAAAAACUGGCAAAUGAUGAAAUUAGACUGGAUGAGACCGAAGAAGGAGACGGUCUUAGGAAGGAUAUAAUGGAAGAAGCUCACAGUUCGAGGUAUUCUAUCCACCCAGGUGCUACCAAAAUGUAUCUGGACUUAAAAGAGUUGUAUUGGUGGAAAGGCAUGAAGAAGCAAACCGAUGGUCAGGCAGAAAGGACCAUUCAGGCUCUCAGAGAUAUGUUGCGAGCAUGUGUUAUAGAUUUCGGAGGUAACUGGGAUGAUCACUUACCACUUAUAGAAUUUUCUUACAAUAACAACUAUCAGACCAGUAUUGGUAUGGCUCCUUAUGAAGCAUUGUAUGGGCGAAGAUGUAGGUCUCCAGUGGGUUGGUUUGAACCAGCAGAGGUGCCAUUGAUUGGUCCAUAG